AUGAACGAAUGCUGCAAGACGGGAGCCAUCCCGGCAGAGUGCAAGACGUCCACGAUCGUCGUUAUACCCAAACAAGGCAAACCGCUCAAUGCGGACAACCUCAGGUCGAUUUCACUCACAUCAUGCGUCGGCAAACUGCUGAAGCACGUGGUCCUGGACCGUCUCAAUGAACACGUAAAGGACGGGGAUGAGUUCCCCAACUCCAUGUUUGCUUUCAGGCCACACCGCUCCAUCCAAGAUGUACUCCUUCAGUCAAAAAGGCAGGUGAUGCAACCCGAAAGUCCGGUGGACGCUUGCCGGUUCCGGUGCCUGCUGGGCCUCGACCUGAAGGCCUUCGACAAUGUCGCCCAUGCAGUGGUGCUAUAG